AUGUACAACAACCCGAUGUACGGUGCCGACAUGCCUGGUUCGCUCUUCGAGGAUAGUACGACCUCUUGGAACGUUGCCAAGUUGCCCAAUCUGCUCGACGUUCUUGGCCAAAAAGUGCCUGGGGUCAACACUGCUUACCUCUACCUGGGCAUGUGGAAGGCCACAUUUGCUUGGCAUCUCGAGGAUGUGGAUCUCUACAGUAUCAACUACAUCCACUUUGGUGCGCCAAAGCAAUGGUACAGCAUUUCCCAGGAAGAUGCACCUCGCUUCGAGCAGGCAAUGCGCAGUAUUUGGUCCAGUGAUGCAAAGAACUGUGAUCAAUCCCUUCACCACAAGACCUAUCUCGUCUCGCCUAGCCUUCUCAAGUCCCAGUACGGCAUCACUGUCAACCGGUUGGUCCACUAUGAAGGGGAGUUUGUCAUCACCUUCCCUUACGGCUACCACUCUGGAUACAACAUCGGAUACAAUUGCGCCGAGUCGGUCAACUUUGCGACUGAGCGGUGGUUAGACUAUGCUCGCAUCGCCAAGAAAUGCAACUGCGAGUCAGACAGUGUCUGGAUCGACGUGGAUGAGAUUGAGCGCAAACUGCGUGGCGAGAGCACCCCUGAAUACCACGCUGAAUACGAGAGCGAGUUCGAUGGGUUCGAAGCUGCUUCCGAUAUUCUCACGCCGCCUCGCAGUGUUCCUGAGAAUCCCUCCCGUGGCCGAAAGCGGAAGAACCCGGAUGACGGGCCGAGGACCAAACGAUCCAAACCCCACACCGAUGCCGCGGAAGCUCCCGAUGGCAAAGGCCACGCACACCGACGGUGCGCGUUGUUCGUCGAGGAGACUACAAUCCUUCACGAUGCGUCCGGCACGGAGGUUGUGUGUGAUAUUGACAAGAUCCCCAAGGCUCGCUUGGGUCUAAAGUGUCUCUUUUGCCGCGAAGUCUUCGGCGCUUGCUUCCAGUGCAAUUUCGGCAAAUGCACACGCGCCUAUCAUGCCACCUGUACCCUGUUGGCUGGCGUGCAGAUUGAAUCCGGUGCGAUUGCGGUCAUUGCCAACGAUGGCAGUCAAUACUCAGUUCCCAGUGUUGAUUUAAAUGCAAAUUCCAUCGCCAGAAGCGACCGAACGGAGUCCUGGAAUUUGGUCCAGUUUCAGGUUGACAAGGAAAUAAAUGGCGCCAUUGUGCUUGAAAAUCGACCCGAAGAGCGGAGCCUGUUGCUCAAAGUACUUCCCCGAGGCGAUGUGAUUGAAAUGCCUUACCGGUGGAUGCUGGUGUGGGCCGAAUUCGAGACGGUGGAUGCGACUAGGAACUAUUUCGCCCCACUCCGGCCAGUGAGAGUUGAGCAGGUGUGGCAUUACUUGGGCACCAAGUCCACCGAGAGUAGGGUACAGUAUACACACAACCCUAGUGUGCCCAUCCACAACCCGCAGGCCAAUUUCCUGGACAGCGUCAAGUCGCUUGGCGUGGCUGGUGUCAGCGCUCGUGCAUCGAAAAUCUCACCCCACCACCAGUUUCAUUAUGCUACCCCUGCCCCUCCCUACCAGCAAAAUCUUUACGCCCAACAACAACGACUCUUGAAUGUCACCCGUCCUUCCGCCUCCCUGCAGCACCUUGCUGCUGGAGCUCCUGCGAUGCCGUCGGCCUUUCGACCACUACCCAAUCAGUCUGCCCGCCAUGCCCCCUACCCCUCGGUUGCCAAAUCGCACGCUCAGCAGCAGCAUCACCUCCCAUCCACCAAUAUCUUUGCCAAUGUCCGGGAACUCAUAGCUCGUCGCCGCCUCACUCAAAUAACUGACCACGCCAAUGUUUUUGCCGGAUACGACAUCAUCAGUUCCGAAUUGGUAGUUGAGACCCUGUUGGGUCCGAUGGGCUCAAUACCACCAGUCAAUGGCCUGGAGAAGCUGGAACUAGCCAUGGCACAGCAACGGGUACAGCCACGAGCCGCUGACGGAACCUUGCUGCCACCUCAGACCCUCAACAUGCGGUCGGAAGAGGUCACUCGGCUCCUUCAGAUGUUGCGGUUCUCGCUGGUGAGUCACCGUGAGCGACUGGAUGUGAUUCAAAAGAAAGAGUCAGAAAACAUCAAGCAAGAGACCGUGGAUCGAGGUAGCGUGGCGGCAGCGAAGAUGCCCGGAAAAUAUGCCUACCUCGACCAGCAACAAUCCACCGCUCCGAAUGUCUACCAAUCUCCAUAUAACAUGCCGUCCGGUCUCUCCGAAUAUGCCAAGUCUACAUACGGGUUGAUUCCUGCGGCUGAUGAAUCGCCCAAGGAGUCCCUGGCGAAUGACUUUUUCAAUAGUCUGCCACAGGAGGCCCAGGAAAAAAUCCUAAAGAACUGUGGUAGCUUUGUGCAGCGUGCAAUCGAGCGGUCGGCCAGUCACAGCCGGCAUAGUUCAGCCUCGAAUCUCCGGCUGUCGGCGGCUUUGGCUCAACAAACGGAAAAUCUGAUUAUUGACAUCACCCCGGUGGAGGAUCCCCCUCUACUUUCAGGUCUCGACAUGCCGCUCCACGCAGAUUCCCCAUGCUCCAGUUUCGGCCGGUCGCAUCUCCGAUUCCAGUCGCCAAAUGAGUUCCCCAUGCAUGGACUCGACCCGCACUCUGAUCACCACGAUCUCUUCGGAGACCAACAAGCCAAUGCACGCUUCUGGCAGAACGGGCCGUGGGUCGCCGGGGUUGGCAACACCCCCAAUGACGAGAAUCGACCGUUCUUUGGGCCACACAUCUUCGGGCCACAUGAACGACUCAAGCACGGCUAUGCUUCCUCCGACAUCUCCCUGGGCAAGGGGCCGGGAUCCCUUCACUCCGUCGAUAUGGCUGGGUUCGGGCCGGAUGGAGCUGAUGAUCUCCCACUCAGCCCAUAG